AUGGCGAAAAGUCUCACCAGCGUCACACGCAAGCUCAAACCGUCUAAGCUGCUCCAUCCAAAGGGUCGCAAGGCCAGACUGGUGUCACGUGCUACUCUCAGAGACGAGAAACUGGCCAAGAAGAAGGCCAUCCACCAGGACAGGAAGUCUGAGGAGCUCCAGAUCGUGACGUACUUCCAGCAGGUGAUCUGCGACAACGAGGAGUGGAGCGGCAAGCCAACGUUUGAGCCCUCCGAGAUCCACGCUUUCAUUCAAACAUUUAUCGCAAGAGACGACGACGAACUGGAACAGCUCCGCGCAGAGCGCAGACCAGGAAGACCCGCUACCAAACGCCAAGAUCUCCUUGAGCAGCGCAAGGCAAAGGAGUCGCACAUGUACGAGACGGGAUGGAGUAUUCCAGAUCUGCAGAACAAGACCACCGUGGAGCUGUUGCGCAAUUGGAACGGCGACAGAGGAAGUUUGACCGCUUUGACGUUCAAGACGGUGAAGAAGUCAGAUUUGUAA